GGCGGCGCGCGCGCUCUCAGUCUCCGCCACCCACCAGCUCCCGCACCAGCAGCCGCGCCGCCGCCGCCACCGCCGCCGCCGCCCACCUUCUGCCGCCGCAGCCGCUCUCCCCUCCACCGCUUCCCUCUCCGGUCCUCGCCCUCUGUCGACCAUCAGGUGGGCCUUGAACCAGGAUGGCUGAUCCCCGCCAAGAGCUCAAUUCCCUGGACGACCACACCUCGGUGUACGGGAUGGGGGAGAGGAAGGACCUCCCCUCCCAGGGCGGCUACUCCGUGCUGCAGGACCACGCAGGCGAUGCCGACCACGGCCUGAAAGAGUCUCCCCCGCAGGCCCCCGCCGAUGACGGACCCGAGAAGCCGGGCUCUGGGACCUCUGACGCUAAGAGCUCACCGAAGGCCGAAGACGUGACCGCACCCCUAGUGAAUGAGGGCGUCCCAGGGGUGCCGGCAGCCGCUCAGCCCCACACGGAGAUCCCAGAAGGAACCACAGCUGAAGAGGCAGGCAUCGGAGACACCCCCAAUAUGGAAGACCACGCGGGCGGACAUGUGACUCAAGCUCGCAUGGUCAGCAAAAGCAAAGACGGGACCGGAAACGACGACAAGAAGAACAAGGAUAAUAAAGCUGGAACCAAGAUCGCCACACCCCGAGGAGGGGCCCCUCCAGGCCAGAAGGGCCCAGCGGGCAACACCACGAGGAUCCCGGCCAAAACCACACCCAGUCCGAAGACCCCACCAGGUGAAUCCGGGAAAUCCGGGGACCGCAGUGGCUACAGCAGCCCGGGCUCCCCCGGCACCCCCGGCAGCCGCUCCCGCACCCCGUCGCUGCCCACGCCGCCCACCCGGGAGCCCAAGAAGGUGGCGGUGGUCCGCACCCCGCCCAAGUCGCCGUCCUCAGCCAAGAGCCGCCUGCAGACCGCCCCGGUGCCCAUGCCAGACCUGAAGAACGUUCGGUCCAAGAUUGGCUCCACCGAGAACCUGAAGCACCAGCCGGGAGGCGGCAAGGUGCAGAUAAUUAAUAAGAAGCUGGAUCUUAGCAACGUCCAGUCCAAGUGUGGCUCAAAGGAUAAUAUCAAACACGUGCCAGGAGGCGGCAGUGUGCAAAUAGUCUACAAGCCGGUGGACCUGAGCAAGGUGACCUCCAAGUGCGGCUCGCUGGGCAACAUCCACCAUAAGCCAGGGGGCGGCCAGGUAGAAGUGAAAUCCGAGAAGCUGGACUUCAAGGACAGAGUGCAGUCCAAGAUCGGCUCCCUCGACAACAUCACGCACGUCCCUGGUGGCGGAAAUAAAAAGAUCGAGACCCACAAGCUGACCUUCCGAGAGAACGCCAAAGCCAAGACCGACCACGGGGCCGAGAUCGUGUACAAGUCGCCCGUGGUGUCGGGGGACACGUCCCCACGCCACCUGAGCAACGUGUCGUCCACGGGCAGCAUCGACAUGGCAGACUCGGCCCAGCUCGCGACGCUCGCCGACGAGGUGUCCGCCUCCCUGGCCAAGCAGGGCUUGUGAUGGGACACGUGGGCGGCCGCGCGCGCGCAGAGAGAGUGGGAAGAAGAGGAUGACGCCCCGGCCCUCCGCCCUCGCCCCCCCCUCAGCUGCUCCGCUCAGAUCUGGUCACCGGUCAGUCACUUAACCUGCUUUUGUCGCUCGGCUUUGGCUCGGGACUUCAAAAUCAGUGACGGGAAUAAGAGCAAAUUUCAUCUCUCCAAAUUGACGGGUGGGCUCAACAGAAUAAAAUAUUUUUAAAAAACGUGGAAAAAGCCGGCCACCCCCACCUUUCCCCUGGGCGCUGACUUUGGAUUCUUUUUCCCCCUUUGAGGAGAAGAGGGAGGAGAGGCUCUGAAGGCUGCUUCUGGGGGACUUGAAGGGACUUUUUUUUUUCCCUUUUUUUUCCGGGGGCGGGGGGGGGUUUGCUGGAACCGGGCGCUGUCCACCGUGUGUGAGCAGGGCUCUGGAGGGGACAGGGACAGGCUGGGGCGGAAGUGGGGGGGGUGCAGAGCACGCGGGGCGGGGCAGGAAGUGUCGCCCCCCCACCCCCCGCCAAGGGCAGCAGCAAGGCCAGCUGGACGACUGUGUGGCCUCUCGCCAGAGGGCAGUCCGGGGGGCUGCUGCUGUCGCAGGCUCAGGGGACAGGACGGGGCGUGGCGCUCGUGCGUCAUUCCCCAGAGACUGACCUUGUGUCCAAGGUGCGUGGCUCUUUCCUCCUCCCGGAAGGGCCCGCCCCUCGGAGACCCCGUGUCAUCGCGUCCGAAGGCCGGAGCCGCAGCCACGAUUCUGGCCACCUCACGGAUCUGGGACUUUAGGGCUAACCAGUUCUCUCUGUAAGGACCUGUGCCUCUCGGGACACCCGCUUGUUUCUGAAACAGCCUGGGCCUCUGGCGCGUCUGGGAGGGGGGUCCUGAGCCUCCAGCCCCUCUCCUGGCCACCUCGGCCACCUGUGUGCCCCCCCCAUGCCCGUGUCUGCUGUGCAGAGCCCAGUCACUGCCUGUUCCCCAUCAUGUCACUGUCCCUGUCCCCAGCUUCCCCACGCCCUUCUCAGGGGCAGACGCUGCUGGACUCCUGGGGAAACUGACAGGACGGCCGGGUCCAGCACCAGGUGGGCUGUCCCUGUCACAACCCCCAUGACCUCCCGCAGGCCUGCCCCUCCCCCACUCUCGUCAGAUGGGGCCCUGGGUGGGGCCUAGUAGGGAUCCCCCCCCUCCCCGAGCUGUUCCUCCCAGGCCUGGUCCCCUCCCUGUGCUAGGCUGGCAGCAGGUCGGGCAUCUGCACCAGGAUGGACAGGCCACACUCCCUGUCCCCGCCCCCCACCCCCCGGCUUGACUGCAAGCCUCUCUCGGGGAGCCCAGCCGCAGCCCAAGUGCAUAGAACCGGCCCCCCACACACCCCAAAAGAGGAACAAAGAGGAACAAAGACCCUUUGGGAAUGGUUCUCCCCCGAGCCCCAGCAGUGCUCUGCCCUGCAGGAGCAGCUGACCAUAUACAUAGAUGUCAACCCCCCGACCCCCCCGCCCCGUCACGUUGUAGUUGGAUCUGUCUGUUUAUGCUUGGAGUCACCAGUGACUAUGAUAGUGAAAAGAAAAAAAAAAAAGGACGCAUGUGUCUCGAAAUGCUUAUUAAAGGGGCUUUGAACCCAUCGCAGGCUCCUCGUCUCACCCCCACGCGGGCCUCAGUCCCAGGAGGCCCUCAGGGCACUGAACGUUAGGGUCUUGGUCUUUGAAAGCUGCUCAUCAGCAUCGGGGACCCCAACAGAGACCAGAUUCUGACACCUGAGAAGGCUCAGCUGCUAAGGCCCGAAGCACAGGACUAGGGCAGAAUCCCCUGGCGCGCCUCCCCCCCCACCCCCGCAGGAGCGUGUGGGCGGGUGGGUGUCUGUCCUCUCUGCUGACCACCUGGAAAAACCCCAGAAGCCCCGAGGGUGUCCACGCUGCAGUCUGUAGCACCCCAGGGCCCAGCAGCACCCGGCCCACCUCUCCCCAGGGGCUCACCCACCGCCUGCCGGGCUGGGUUCCCAGGGCCUCGGCGGCAGGGAAUCUCCUUUGCAGAAACGUGCUGUGUUAAGGAUGCCACGUGAUCUGCCACUCUGGGCUUCGGGCACAGCUGGAAGCCACCGGGGAGCUGGAAAGUAGCGGUGGGGUGUGGGUGUCCCCCUGGGGGCUCAGGCUUCACUGACCACCCAGGGCUUCUGAACCCACAACUUCCUGCCAGGAAGCUGCCCACUGUCCCCAGCCCCAGCUGUUGCUCGGAGGAUUCUAGGGGACAAUAGGAGGGUGUGACUUCGGAUUGGUCAACCCUCCCCUCUUCUGCACAGCUGCAAGGGCCGAGGCUGUGGCUUCUGAAAUCUUAGCUCCCUUGAGCAAGAGGCACGGGAGGGGAGCCGUGCCCCAAGACCGUGGCUUGAGGGCGCAGGUCAGGACUGGCAGAGACCUUUUAAAAGGGCGUUGGCCUGAGACCUAAGAUGGGGACAGGCCCCGGAGCAUGGGUGGCCCCACCCCCCACCCCAGCCUCCUGUCCUGCAUCUCCAGAGCCAAGUGUCCCCAGGGAGGGCGAAUUAUCCACCAGGCUCCUUCCAGCUUCCCCUGGACUCAGUAGUUCCUGUCAACUGUCUUCAGUGGUGAGACUGUCCUGUUUGCUUGUUGUACUAUAGGGGGUGGGGGGAGGAACCUGUAAGAUAGGACCAUGGGCAACGCCAAGUCUUGGAGCGCGGCAGUGAGUAAGCUUGGAACCCUUUUCUUCAUGACGGCAGCCACCUUUGCCAGAGGCCCUGGGUUUGGUCUUCCCGACACUCGUCUCUACGUGGCCGGUGGCAGCACGUCUCCAACCCUUCCCGGCCAAGAGCAGACGGGGCGGGCAGGGUCUGUGGUGGUCCCGGCCCGCUCGCCUUGUGGGAGCUCUCGGAUCACGCCCGCCAAAGCCCCUGGGACUCCCUCCUCUGAGCUGCCGGCACCCACCGACCGAGCGCGAGGCCCAGGCUUCUAGCACUCACCAACAUCUCUCCCAGCAGCCGCCAAGCCGAGCCACGCCACGGGGUGGCGGGCAGAGGCAGAGAGCCCGACAGCUUGUCCCACCCACACACGUGUAGCUUCAUGACUUCUGAGUUCUCUUCAACCUUGAGAAGGGUUUCCCCUGGCCACUGGCCCCGUCUCAUCUCCGACUCAACUUAGCCCCGCGAAUUUGCAGUGUUGGGCAGGACAGUAUCUGGCACUUGCAAGUCCCAUGAAUUUCUUGGGUAAAUUUGAGGGUGGGGGGAGGGAUAUGAAAUCAUCUUAGCUUAGCUUCCUGUCUGUGAAUGUCCAUAUGAUGUACUGUGUGUUUUAACAAAUGAUUUACACGGACUGUUGCUGUUGAAGUGGAUUUGGAAAUAAAGUUAUUACUGAUUAAAA